CGGCGGGCGGGGCGGGGCGGGGCGGCGGGGUUAUGUAAGGCGGCGGAUUACCGGGGCCCGGGGCGCGGCCGGGCGGCGCCGCGAUGGGAGCAACGAGCAGCGGCCCCGGCCCAGCCCCGGUGCGGCCCCCCGAGGGCCGCGCCGUGGGGUCGUGGGUGCGGGCGCUGCUGGGCCGCGCCGGGCCGGUGCCGGUACCGGGGUCGGUGCGCGCCCUGGCCCCCCGGGGACCCGCCGAGGAGCCGCCGCUGCCCGGGUGGCCGCUGCCGCAGCUCGUUUCGCUUUUCCUGCCGGAGUUCCCCGUCCGCCCCUCCGCCCGCCAGCAGCAGCUCAAGAUCCUAGGGUUUGUGGCCAAAGGCUCCUUCGGGACCAUCCUCAAAGUGCUGGACUGCGGGCGGGAGAAGGUCUGCGCUGUGAAGGUCAUGCCUAAAGUGGAGGUGCUGCGCCGUGAUACCCUCAAACAAUGCAAGGAAGAAGUCAGCAUCCAGAGACAGGUCAGGCACCCGUUUGUUCACGGGCUGGGGGACAGCUGGCAGGGCCAGCGCCACCUCUUCAUCAUGUGCACCUACUGCAGCACCGGAGACCUGCACGCGCUGUGGCGUGCCGCCGGGUGCUUCGCCGAGGCCACCGUCCGCCUGUUUGCCGCUGAGCUGGUGCUGGUGCUGGUGUACCUCCAUGACCUGGGCAUCAUGCACAGAGAUGUGAAGCUCCAGUCUCGUUUCAGAUGGAGAACAUCCUCCUGGAUGAGAGAGGUAAGAGUCUGGUGGCACUGGCCUGGGCACACCCCGUCCAUGGGGACACCCCGUCCAUGGGUCCUCACAUGGUGCCACCCCACAGGACAUCUCAAGCUCACUGACUUUGGGCUGUCCCGGCACCUGCGGUGGGGUGAGCGAGCCCACACCAUCUGCGGCACCCUACAGUACAUGGCCCCCGAGGUGCUGAGCGGGGGGCCCUACAGCCACGCAGCCGACUGGUGGUCCCUAGGAGUGCUGCUCUUUGCCCUGGCCAGCGGGGAGUUCCCCGUGGCACCGGCGGGGGACCACGUGGCCAUGCUGGAGCGUGUCAAGCAAAGCAGCUAUGAGAGCCCACCCGCGCUCAGCCCCGCGCUGGCCCGGCUGCUCGCUGAGCUGCUGUGCCACAACCCCCUGCGCCGUCUGCGGUACCUCCAUCACUUCCAGGGUCACCCCUUCUUCCGCGGGGUGGCCUUCGACGCUGAGCUGCUGCAGAAGGACCCAGUGGCGGUGGCAGUGGCCCCACGCCCCCCCGAGCAGCCCCCGCCCGACCCCGCCACCUUCGCUGACUUCGACUGUGACCUUGCCGCCCCCCCGGGCCGGCCCUGGCCUGGCUGAGCCACUGUGGCCAGGACUCCCGGCAUCGCUCAGGGACACUCCUCCCCACCCCAGCAGCGUGUUGGACCCCGCUGGGCUGGGUCCCCCCGUAUCCCAACUCUGUACCUCUCACCGCGGGAGCAAUAAACCCGAGAGCCGCGGGCA